AAGCGGUAGUACGAACUUUCUGUAAUACCCUAGAGAGCAGCCUAAACUUAAGACAGGCUGAGGUUUAAAAAAGAAACAGCAAGGCACCUUUUAGGGUUUUAGACAGAGAGCUGCUUUGUAUCAGAAAACAAAAGAAUGAGCUUCUGGGGUAUUGAAGUGAAACCAGGCAAGCCUCAUCCUUAUCACUCUGAUGAUGUGCAAGGAAAGCUUCGGGUAACUCAGGCAACUUUGGGCCUCGGUUCGUCAAAAGAAAGGAGCAUACUCCAGUGUUCAGUUGGACACAGGAGUCCAAUUUUUGUAUGUUCACUGUUGCCAGGGAAAGCUGAAAGUUGCUCUCUGAAUCUUGAAUUUACGGAUGAAUUAGUAGCGUUCUCAGUGAUUGGACCACAAAGCAUCCAUCUUUGUGGUUACUUUGAUUCUGUAGAAGGAGAUCACCUCCGAGAUGAAUAUGAAUAUGAUUCGGGAGAGGAUAUUGUUGAUACGGAGUCGGAUGAGUCCAGUGAAUAUGAUUAUGAUGAUGAAUAUGAUGACGACGAUGACGAUCUUCAAAUGUAUUCCCCUUCGCCUGUUCCCAAAAGUGGAGUUGUAAUUGAGGAGAUAACUGAAGAUGACAAACCUACAAAAGAAAAUGGCAAGUCUAAACGGCUAAAGAAGAAGAAUAAUCAAUCAAGUGACAAGGAAGACCAAAACAACUCUCAACAACAAAUUGUUCUUAAGAGGGAUAGAGGUAUUUCUGUUCUGGAAAGUGAAGAUGAAGAUGGUUUUCCAAUUUCUUCCUCUGCAAAAAACAAAGAUACAGUUCAGGAGCAGCAAGCAGAACUAGAUGGACAAAAAGAUAAGGAAACAACCCAAGAGACUAAGAAAAAGAUGGCAAGUGAGGAUAAUGAUGACACUAGAAAAAAGAGAAAAGUUAAAAGCGUUGAUCAAGAUGGUCAACCAGAAAGGAAAACAAAGAAAAAGAAGAAGCAGAGAGAACGAGGUACAGAGGCAAAGGUUGAUGAAAUGGAUGACAAGGAAGAGAUCAACAAUGCCUCUAGAGAUGAAAUCGAGUCCAAGCAAGUGAAAAAGCAGGAUUCUACCAACCGAAACAAACAUGAACAGAGGGACCUUGACACUGAUGCAGAUAGUAUGCCCGGUGAAGAUUCAUCGGAUAAGAAAAAGAAGAAGAAUAAGAAGAAGAAAAAGACCCAGGAUAGUGGAGCAACAACUAAUGAUCAAGCUGUUUCAGCUGCGGGAGGUGAAGCCAAGUCUUCAUUGGAGUCUGAGGAUAAGCAAUCUACAGCCAAGUCCUCACAAGUUAGAACCUUUUCAAAUGGAUUGGUUAUUGAAGAAUUAGCAAUGGGCAAACCAGAUGGUAAACGAGCUUCUCCUGGAAGUCAGGUCAGUGUGCACUAUAUUGGUAAGCUGAAGAACGGAAAAAUAUUUGACUCUAAUGUCGGGAGGGCUCCCUUUAAAUUCCGCCUAGGUGUUGGACAAGUCAUAAAAGGAUGGGAUGUUGGAGUUAAUGGUAUGCGAGUUGGGGACAAAAGAAGACUCACAAUUCCACCAUCGAUGGGUUACGGAGAUCGGGGUGCUGGUGGGAAGAUACCUCCAAACUCAUGGCUUGUGUUUGAUGUUGAGUUGGUGAACGCUCGUUGAUUAUUUGUUUUAUGUGCUCCUUUUCUGCUUUUGAACUCAAUGGCUGCUUUUACAGACAGUGGGUAUAGAUGGAUCUCGAAAACUUGGUGUUUUAACUGUAGGCUUGUUUUACAGUACUGCGAGUUCACCCUCAUCGCAUAUCUAAAGUGUCAAGAUGGAUGGUGUGAAUAAAAUUUUGGUUAAUUCAAGUGUA